GGAGAUCGCUCGCGUGGGUGCGAGUGCGAGUGCGACGACGACGACGACGAUGGGCCGAUGGCUUCCUCGCUGCUGCUCUGGAGCUUAAGUGGACAUGCCACGCCGGGGGGCCGCGAGAAUUAUUGUUCCGAGCUGCGAGGGAGCGAGGAAGAGAGCGAGCGAGGAACGGGGAGCUUUAGUCAACAUCGGAACAGGCGGGAGCAGUGCGCAUGAGGCUGCAGCUGUGCAAUUGGGCGUCGUCGUCGUCGUCCCGGGCACAUCUCGGCAGAUCGAGUAGCGGGGUCUCGACAAGAGUGGGCGGACGAUUGGAUUCGCGGGGAUAAAAACGCUGGUUUUGAGUGGCAGCUUCUCUUCGAACUAUGGGGAUUAUGAGCACUGUGUUGGGUUUGGUGGGAUUUGGAUGGGGUAUCGGCAUCGGUUUAGUUGUCGGGUACUUCCUCUUCAUUUACACGCAACCUGUCGAUGUGAAGGAUCCGGUUAUCAGGCCGCUGUCUGAACUCGAUUCCAAAACUCUUCGAGGGUUACUGCCAGAAAUUCCGCACUGGGUGAAGAAUCCUGAUUAUGAUAGGGUUGACUGGUUGAACAAGUUUGUCCGCGACCUGUGGCCGUUUCUGGAUAAGGCUAUCUGCAAAAUAAUCCGCGAGCAAGCAAAACCAUACAUCGAUCUAUAUGGUCCAAAAUUUAAGUUGGAGUCAAUCGAAUUCGAGCAGCUCACUUUGGGCACUUUGCCUCCCACCUUUGUUGGCAUGAAAGUUUACGAUACUCAGGAGAAAGAGAUGAUCAUGGAGCCUUCUUUCAAAUUCGCUGGGAAUCCGAAUAUCGUUGUCGCUGUCAAGGCGUUUGGGAUGAAAGCAACAGUGCAGUUGGUGGAUGUGCAAGUCUUUGCAACCGCUCGAGUGACACUACGACCCUUGAUUGAAACUUUCCCUUGUUUCUCCAAGAUCGUUGUCUCUUUGAUGGAAAAGCCCCACGUGGAUUUCGGGUUGAAGCUCUUGGGUGGAGAUAUCAUGGCAAUUCCUGGUGUUUAUAGACUUGUACAGGACCUCAUCAAAGAGCAAGUUGCAAACAUGUAUCUUUGGCCAAAAACUUUGGAAAUUAAUGUGGUGGAUGAUGCAAAUGCUGCGAAGAGACCCGUGGGACUUCUGAAUGUGAAGGUUGUGAGAGCGAAGGGGUUGAAGAAGAAAGAUUUAAUAGGCAAGUCUGAUCCUUAUGUCAAACUUCAUCUUGGAGAGGCUCAUCACUUUGCGAAAGUCACAAGGACAGUGAAGGGUAACCUCAAUCCCGAGUGGAAUGAGUCGUUCAAGCUGAUCGUUCAUGACCCUUCUACCCAGAACCUUGAACUACAUGUCUACGAUUGGGAGAAGAUUGGCUCACACGAAACUCUCGGAAUGGCCGUUGUUUCUCUCAAGAAAUUAAACCCCGAAGAGAAUAGUACCGAAAUUCUGACCCUUGUCAAGAACAUGGACUCUAAUGAUCCUUCCAAUAAUAAAGACAGAGGAACUCUUACCGUCGAAUUGAACUACAAACCAUUCAAAGAAGAGGAGAUGAAUGACAUUGAGGAAGAAGAUGAAGAUGGAGCUGUUGAAAAAGCGCCGGAAGGUACACCUGCGGGUGGAGGUUUGUUAGUCGUUGUUAUUCAUGAAGCGGAAGACGUAGAGGGCAAACAUCAUACCAACCCGUAUGCUCGUGUGAUUUUAAGAGGAGAAGAAAAGAGAACAAAGCAUAUCAAGAAGAACAGGGACCCUAAGUGGGAUCAAAGGUUCGAGUGGAUACUGGAUGAACCACCAGUUAGUGAUCGCUUGCACGUGGAAGUUAUGAGCAAGAAUUUGGGUUUCAAUUACCAUCUGAAGGAGCCAUUGGGGUAUGUUGAUAUCAACUUAUCAGAUGUUGUGAACAACAAGCGAAUCAAUGAGAAGUAUCAGUUGAUAGAUUCUAAGAACGGAAAGAUACAGGUGGAGUUACAGUGGAGACCAAGUUAAUCGAACAGUAGUUAGAUAGAAUCAGGGAGGGAGGGUAUAGAUAGAGUUGGGAUUGAGUUUACAUUGAAGAUGAACAUACUAUUGUAGCGCCGUUCUGCCAAUUAGGAGAUAGUGCUCGAACGAGCAUGGUCACGGGGAUUUAUCAGUCUCAUAAGUGUUUGGGUGGAUAACUUUCUAGUGCCGCCCAAGCUUUUGUUCAGGAUAUUAUCUGCUGUAUACAGAAGGGCUUGAGGUUGUAUUUUCCAAUUAGAGAACGACAAGAGUAGAGACUACGCGUUUUUUAGCCGCUGCUCCCAGAAUAUCGCUUCAGAUACUUGAACUGUAAGUGCUAGGGAGUGAUGAAACUGUACAGCGCUUGUUUUUAUAGAUGCUUUCACAAGAAGUGUACACUUCGCAGUUGUCUACUGCAUGAGUUUAAUUUGAAAAAUUUAUUAUUAUUCU